AUGAUUGGUUUUGAUAAAGUUAUACUUUUAUUAAUUUUUUUGGUAAAGAAUAUUUUAACUAAUGAUAUGGAAGAUUAUAGUAAUAAUAGUAGUAAUAAUAUUGUUAUUAAAAGAAAAAGGGAAAUUUUUAAUAAAAUUGUUAAUGAAUUAAAUUCACAUACAUCUACUUAUUUUAAUAAUUUUUCUCCAUACACCAAUUCUGAAUCUCAAAAUUCAUCAUAUGAUGGCACUGGAUCAUCACGCCUAAGGCGAAAUAGAAUGGAACAAAAGAGAAAAAUUUGGAAUCAUCGAAGGAGAAGAAAAGAAUGUCCAACAGCCCGUAAAGGACAACAUAUGAUGUUAUGUCCAUCAAGAAAUGAAAGAAAUUAUGAUAUUUGUAUAUCAGCAGAACAAUUAUGUGAUAAUGUUGAAAAUUGCCCUGAAGGAGAGGAUGAAGAUUUAAAAAGUUGCAUGUUUUAUAAAGCGACUAAACACCAAUUAAAGCACAUUUAUAAUGCCCUUCUUCUGUUAACGGAAUCAACAGUAGGAGAUUCUGACAAAAAAGAGCUUUAA